AUGCUUAAGUUGAGACCUAUUUUCAGGAACAAUUUAAGGUUGGCACCUUCAAGGUCAAGAUUAUCACCACAGUCAUUGAUAAUACCUCGACUAUUAAUACGACAAUAUCACCCAUCCUUUCCAAGGUUAAAUCCCCCCAAAAUAACCAAAGAGCAACUACUCAAAAAUGCUAAUAAUUGGCUAUCAAGAUUGCAAAUCAGGUUCAAAUGGUUAUUAAAGAAAUCAAACAGACCUUUCAAUACUGAUGAUUAUUCAGCGUUUUUUUCAUGGCUAGUGAUAAGUAAUGCAUUGUUGAUCUUCCUUGGUACCACGACGUUUUUUUCUUUAGUUAUCUUUUCCGUCAAUACUGUGUUUGCUCAAGAAUUUGUUGCUAGGAAAUUCGGUGAAGUAAUAACUAAAAACUCAAGUUUAUCAGUAGUUUUCGAAAAUGCAAUUGUUCCUAGUUGGAAUAAUGGAAAAAUUCAAUUCAAAGGGGUGUUGGUCAGUCGGAGACCCAAGAUUUCCAAAAAGUUCGUUAAAAAUUCAAAGAUAGAUGGCAAACAUUUAACUGAUUUCAAACAACAGGAUGAAGAUGAAGAAUAUGAUGAUGGUAAUUACACUCAAUAUGAUAUAUCGAUUCAAGAAAUAAAUGUCACUUUAUCAUUCAGGAAGUGGGUGAACGGUAAGGGGAUUAUCGAUACUAUGGAAAUGAAAGGGGUCAGAGGUGUUAUAGACAGAACCCAUGUUGUUUGGGAUGUCAACGAUAGUCCCACAAAUUACAAAAACAUAGCACAACCAGGAGAUUUCGAAAUCGACAAUUUCAAGAUGUCUGAUUUAUUAGUCGAGUUGAAGCAACCAAAUAAUUUCAGACCAUUCAAUGUGGAAUUAUAUAAUUGUGAAUUGAACCAAUUGAGGAAGCAUUGGUUGUUCUAUGAUUUCUUGAAUGCAACGGCUUUGAACGGGGCUUAUGAUGGAUCAUUAUUUACCAUUCAUAAAAGACAAAGAUUUGACGAAUUUAAGAUAGAUGAAGAUUUCAAAUUACAAAGAUUAAGAAUAGAUGGUUUAAACAUCGAUCAUUUGAAUACUGGGCUACCAGGUCCAUUAGGAUGGAUUGACCAAGGUAAAGUUGAUAUGAUAGGUGAUUUAUUGAUUCCCAACAUUCCUACUCAAGAUUACUUGACCACUUUAAAGUCCAAUUUUAUCAAUAAUGCUACCAGGAUAGCUGACCCUAAAGUUGAAUUGAAGCUCAACAUUAAGUUACAUAACGUCAAAUCGAUUGUUCCGUUCCAAUCGAGUGAAUUGUCAUAUAUAAAUUACGCUUUAGUCAAACCAAUAGUUGCAUAUAUCAACUCAAACAAUACAUUCAUUGAGAUUGAUAAUCUUAUAAUCAAAGACCUCAAGGAUUUCGAAGGUUCAUGGACAGUUUACGAUUGUUUACUUAUGGAUGAUAUUUCUAUCGAAGUUUACAAGAAUUUCGCCAAUUACGUUAUCGAUGAAGAGAGUAGGUUGACAAGAAUGAAAAAAGUCACUUUCUGGUCGGCUCAAUUAUUAAUUCAACUUUUGUUAUUCAGUAUAGCUGGUUUAACUUAA